AUGUCAACCUCAAUUCCAAAAACUAUGAAAGCCGUCGUUAUUGAAAACGAUAAAGCUGUCGUUAAGGAGGGAGUGCCUAUCCCUGAAUUGGAAGAUGGUUUCGUUCUGAUCAAGACCGUCGUUGUUGCCGGUAAUCCCACUGAUUGGGCACACAUUGACUACAAGAUCGGCCCUCAAGCUUCUAUCCUAGGUUGCGAUGCAGCCGGCCACAUUGUCAAACUGGGUCCUGGCGUUGAUUCCAAACGCUUUGCCAUUGGCGAUUAUAUUUACGGGUUUAUUCACGGUGCCUCCGUGAGAUUCCCCUCCAAUGGUGCCUUUGCUGAAUAUUCUGCGGUUCCAGCGGAGAUGGCGUACAAAUCCUCCAACGACAUUAGACUGUGUGGUGAGGAUAGUCUACCCGAAGGACCUGUCAAAUCUUUAGAAGGAGCUGUCACUAUACCGGUGACAUUGACCACUGCCGGUUUGGUCUUGACCUAUAAUUUAGGUUUGAACAUGGAAUGGAAGCCUUCCAUGCCACAAAGGGAUCAUCCUGUCUUGAUAUGGGGCGGUGCUGCUGCCGUAGGCCAACAUGUGAUUCAGCUGGCCAAAAAAUUAAAUGGAUUCACCAAGAUCAUAGUCGUCGCUUCCCGGAAACAUGAAAAGCAAUUGAAAGAGUACGGUGCCGAUGAAUUGUUUGAUUAUCAUGAUACUGAUGUUGUCGAACAAAUCAAGAGCAAAUACAACAAUAUUCCGUAUUUGGUCGACUGCGUCGCUAAUGUAGACACUCUUCAACAAGUGUACAGAUGUGCAGCUGAUGAAUUGGAUGCCACCGUCAUUGAACUGACCACUUUGACCGAUGACGACGUCAAAGAGGAAAACAGAAGGAAAAAUGUCACCAUUCGCCAUACAAGGCUAUAUGCGACAGGUGGUCACGAAGUUCCAUUCGGUAACGUCAUUUUUCCGGCUGACCCUGAAUGCAAGAUGGCUGCCAUCAAGUUCGUCGAAUUUAUUAAUCCAAAGGUCGAUGAUGGAGAAAUCCACCACAUCCCAGCUGAAGUUUACAAGAAGGGGUUGUACGACAUCCCUCAGAUGCUUGACGACAUCAAAAAUAAAAAAAGCUAUGGUAAAAAGCUAGUUGCGGUAUUGGUCUAA